GAUGCCUCCCAGUUUGGGCCUCCCCUCCAGUUUCACCCUACCCCAUAUGAUAAAUUAAGCAUCUCGUCAAAGAGCACAGCAGAAAUCAAUGCCCCGCCUCAACGACCAAACCGUGACAUUCCUACGCGCCGGCGCGGAAGCCCGCGAUCACAUCCGACAAGCAUGGGACGGGUUCAUCAAUUUCGCAGCGCGGGACAAUGUCCUUGAAGUUGCUCUGGGGUUAAUCAUCGCCCAAGCCUUCACAAAAGUAGUCACCUCCUUCGUCUCAGACAUCAUCCUCCCAAUCAUCUCGCUCCUCCCCUUCCUAAGCCGCAACAUGGACGAGAAAUUCGCCGUCCUGACGCAGGGGCCGAACUACGCCGAGAUGAAUGGGUAUAAUACCCUCGAGCAAGCUAGAGAGGAUGGGGCGCUUGUGUUGGCAUAUGGUGUCUUCCUCCAAACCAUCCUCAGCUUCUUCGGCGUCAGUCUAACGCUGUACGCCAUCGCGCACAUCUACACGUGGGUCUCCGACGACCGUGUUAUCAAGCCGACGGUUCGGUGCAGGUAUUGUAAGAAGUUCAUUAGUGAUCAGGCGACUCGCUGCGUCAACUGCUCUAGCUGGCAGGAUGGGAGGGAAGAUCGGACUGGUUGGCGAUAGGUAUAUAUAUCUCUCUCUAAUGCAUUGGUUUAUAUUUCACUUUGUGAAUCUCUAAUAUCCUUUCUGUUCAUGAGGAAG